UGUAUAUAGAUAUACAACAAUCAAAAACGUGUCAAUAUGCCGGCUUUACUGUUUCUGUCUCUCUCAUAAACUCCCCAAAUACAAGAGCAAAACAAUUCUAACCUGUAUAUUUUUUGUAUGAAACUGCGAAUUGUAUAGUCAGUAAAAUGAAUUUCUUAUACAGAUUGCCAUUUUACGUCCUAGAAGUUCCUAAUCUCAAGUUAAAAAGGCCAUCAUGGUUUGUAAAACCAAGUGCAAUGGUAGUUUUUUCUAUGGUGCUGCUCUCUUAUUUCCUAAUGACCGGAGGUAUUAUAUACGAUGUAAUUUUGGAGCCACCUAGUGUAGGCUCUACCACCGAUGAACAUGGACACACUCGGCCUGUUGCAUUCAUGCCAUACCGUGUAAAUGGUCAAUAUAUAAUGGAAGGACUGGCUUCCAGUUUUCUCUUCACUUUGGGUGGUUUGGGCUUCAUUAUCCUCGAUCAAACGCACAGUCCAUCUAUGCCUAAGCUGACCAGGAUACUACUGAUUAGUGUUGGCUUUAUCAGUAUUUUGGUAUCUUUUGUAACUUGCUGGAUUUUCAUGCGCAUGAAGUUACCAGGUUACUUGCAGUCAUAAAUCUCAUACAUAACAAACUUUUUCUACCAUCAUUUUUGAAAAAAAAAGAAUGUGCAUUUAAACUAUAUCUUCCUAAGAAUGCUCAAUUUUUAUAUUUUAAUAAAAAACAUAAUAGAAAUGGAAAUUAUUUUCACAAAUCUUCAACCAAGAACUUAUUAUUGCAUCUAAUAUAUAUCUUUUUAUUUAGUUAUAUAUUUUUUAAGAAUUACUUUAUAUUAAUACAAUAUAGUAUAAAUACAUUAAAAACAAAGUUAUAAACGAUCUUAUAAACAUAGAAAAACAGAUUUUCUAAUACAGUUUUUGAGCUUGAACAAGUUAGCAGUCAUCACAUUCUACAUUUGUAAAUGUUCUUGUGAAUUUUAAUACAUAAUAAUUCUUAAAUGUA